AUGGGGUCGGACCAAUUUGAGGAAGAGUGGCAAAUUUACAGAUCUGUUCUGAAGAAGUCUCAGAUUCUGGAGAAAACAGUAUGGGUUGACAUUCGUGGAAAUCAUGGUAGGAGAUUGUUGCAUUCUUUCAUUGAGGAUUACCAAUUUCAGUGGAAAUAUUCAGGAUGGCAAAAAGAAGGUUCCUUUCAUUAUAUUCAUCAAACCUCGUUUGGGAAUUACUCCUUUAUCUGUGUAGAUGCCACUCUCACGCCGGGACCCAAAAGACCAUUCAACUUCUUUGGAAUACUUAAGAAGGAUCAGAUGCAGAAGUUGUCGGAGUUUGCUGUAGAGAGUCUACAUAGCAACCAAUCUGUGUGGUUUGGUCACUACACCACUUCAACCAUUGUGUCUUCAUCCCCUGGUAUCCGGGAAGUAAUGAGUUCAGCUGUGGCAUACAUGUGUGGUCACCUGCAUGCACUGGGAGGGCUGGCCCUAUAUAGUCAGCAUCAACAAGGCACCCUGGAGCUGGAGCUUGGAGACUGGAAGGACAAUAGAAGAUAUCGGAUCUUUGCCUUUGAUCAUGACCUGUUCAGCUUCAUUGACCUGCAACAUGAUGAGUGGCCUGCAAUUCUCAUUACUAACCCCAAAUCUGCUCUGUAUACAAACCCAGCAGUGGAGCCUUUGAAACGCAUCCAGCACUCAACACACAUCAGAGUUCUGGUGUUUUCCCCGGAUCCCAUCAUCUCAGUCAAGGUGUUCAUAGAUGGAAUUGAACUGGGAGAUGCUGAGAAUUCCUCUGGUCCUUUGUACGUGUUGGAGUGGAGUGCUGAAGCAUAUAUAACUGGACUACAUGAGAUUAAAGUCCAAGUGAAGGAUGCUGCUGAAAGGAAACAAACCAGAAGCCAUCUGUUCAGCUUAGAAGAUGAUGUUUCUGUCAGCUUCAGUCUGUUUCCAUCUCUAAUUCUCCUUACAGAUCACUACAUCGUGGCACAGGUGAUAUUUAUUGUCCUGGUGCUCUGUCAGCUCCUUGUACUUAUUGUUUUCAGAAUAAAGAGGAGGCCAACACUAACAGGACCCCCUGGAAAUUUCACACUGGCCACUUUCUCUAUGCAUGUACUAAGCAAGAACAGUGUUUUCUUCUAUGCCAUUGUACUGCUGACUAUUUUCACAGCCAUAGGUCCAUGGUUUAUUGGGGAAAUUAUAGAUGGCCACAUCGGAGCUUGCUUCGCCUUUGGAGUGAUUGUUGGAGGACAUUUCCUGGAUGGAAGUCUCACAUACGUUGUUGGAAUACUGCAGAUGGUGUUCUUUAAUAUUCCUCUGACUGCAUACCUGUGCUGGUGUUUACUGUGUAGAUGCAAGGGCCAUGGUUUCUUUUCGCACCUGCGACACACUAGGAAGAUUGUCUGUGUUCCAGUUCACUUCUUCAUGUUCCUAUUUAUGGUCUGGCAGAUCUAUUCCUGUGUUUUCCUCUUAAUGACUUAUGGCACCUUAGCAACUUUCCUCUCUCCAAUGAAGUUGUGGCUAGUGGUGGUUACAUUCGCCUUGGGAAGGAAAGUGUGGGUGUUCAAUUCCCCAGAACUAAGAUCUUAUAUCAUUGAGCUGAAGAACUGCCAGAGCACUUAA